AUGGAAGUAACCCGGCUCCUCUCCCGCACCACCACAGCCACCAGCCGGGCAUCAAGCAGCGCGCGAUGCCUGCGACAGCACCAUCGCAACUACAGCCACCGCUCCCUCUCCCUCAUCUCUUCUCCCACCUCUCAAUUGCCGAUACUCUACAAUUCCCGCCCCACCCUGCACCGGCCACAGCAGCAACAGCAGCGAAGCUUCUCCCUCAGCCACCAUCGCGCUAAAGGCCUACAACCCGACAGCGCAGACCCAUCCCCACCGCAGACAGAGCCCAACGCAAGCGGCUCAAGCCACUCCCCAGCAGCGGCUCAACUCUCCGAGUCCGAGUACCACGAGAUCGCGGACGAGUACCUGGACCGGCUGGUGUACGCAGCGGAGGAGCUGAGUGAGAGCUCGGAAAGCGGGAUUGAUGUCGAGUAUUCGGCCGGCGUCCUCACCAUCAUACACCCGAUGCAAGGCAGCUACGUGGUGAACAAGCAGCCGCCGAACAAGCAGAUCUGGCUGUCGUCGCCGGUGUCCGGGCCGAAGCGCUACGACUGGGUGGUUGCGGGGGAUGCGGGCCAGCAUGAGAAGGAGGGGUCUGUGAUGGCCGACGAUGCUGAAGCUGCGGGCGACGAUGGUGCUGGGGGCAGGUGGGUCUAUCUUCGUGACGGCUCGAGCUUGUCGGAGUUGUUGCGGAGAGAGAUUGGUGUUGUUAUUAGUACCGAUAGGGGCGAAGGGGGAGAUACGUAG